UAAAGAGAGGUGGCCACCCUCUCUCUCUCGUCCCUCUCAUUCUUGCAUCUCUCUCUUCCUCUCGAUCCUUCCACUUCUCUCUUCCCCUCCUCCAAACCAAACCUCUAGCCUUCAAUCGUCGUCUUCUCCCCUCUUACCUCUCUACCGCCACCACUCUUUUUCUUCUCCUCGUCUCCAACCAACAAGAGACUUUUCUCUUCGCUAUGUUGGCCAAGGAGAACGCCCCCGCUCCCAGAAUGGAGUCAUCUCGUCCUUCCCUCUUUCUUUUCUUCGAUUGCUGGACACGAAGGCGAUUCGAACUCUCUGAUAGACCAAAAAUGCGGCGGACCAGAAUAAAAAACUCGCCAUUGAAUCUGGUCCCCGCCGGCGGCAGUGGAGACAGAAUACUCAAGCAGACUAGAUAGAUUUUCGAUCUAGGUUGGAUCUCGGAUUGCAUGUGGUUUUUUUUAAUUCAGUUCAAAAAAUUGAGUUCUGAUAUUAUUAUUUUUUGUGUUUUAAUUUGGUUUUUUUUUAAUUUUCGGCUUCGGAUCUAUCGCGCGGUGACGGGGGGUCAGUGGCGACGAGGAUAUUUUUCGCCGGCGGUGACUGAAAGCUGACGGCAGAGGAGCAUAGGUGAGUUGGGUAAGUUUGUUUUCUGAGUUUUUUCGUGUUUUUAAACUUUGAAGGACUCUGACUAAUCGAUCAUGUCUUAUUGCAGGUUUCAGGAGGGAAGAGAUCUAGGUGAGGGACUCUUGAGAAAUUUUUAACUAAAGAAAAAUUGGAUUACAUGGCUAAAGACUUAAUGAUUUGUGAACCUAAAUGCUAAAAAAAAUGGUUGUGUAUGUGUUCUGGAAUUUUGGUGUUUGGUAGAUUUGGUCUAUGGUUUGGAUCUAAUUCCAGAUAUGAUAGAAGUUCCUAAAAAAAACUUGUUUUUCUUGUAGUUUAAGUUUAAUUAACAUGCUGUAAAUUGGUAUUUUGACGAUUGGAAUCAUUGUUAUCGUUAGUGAUUUUGCUAGACCAUGGACUAAAUCACUGCUACUGCUUGAUUAUAUCAAAUUUUGGACUCUAAAUCACUGCUACUGCUUGUGAUUUAUUGAGAUUAUGAUUUUUGAUUGGUAAACCGGUAAGGGUUUGUGAAUCUGAAAUUUUAUUGUGUUUAUUGUUGCCUAGAUCUGGAUUUUGAUUUAGUUUGUUUAUGUAUGAUGAUCUAGUGUUUAUCAACUACAUGCUCAAGGAUGGUAUAAAAGCAUGGCAGAAAAUUAAAAUAGACUAUCAAUUGAUAAGCAAAGUAAAUACAUGCUCAAUUGAGAGAAGCUUAAUUCCGAAAUGGACUUGCUAUGAGCAUAUUUUAUUUUAAGUAAAUAGAGUGCUUGAAUACAAAUGCCUUUGUAAAGUAAAUCGCACGAAUAUAAAUAGGCAAACUGAUACUAAUUAUAAUGGUACAAUGAUCUACAAACUACGCUAAAUGACAUGAACUUUACCAAGAACAGUGGAAACAGAAAUAAAAGCACUAACCUUAUUAAGAUUUUGGCUCCAAUAACGCCUACUUGAUGCUGCUCCGAUCCGAUUCCUGGACUCAGCUUGUAGUAAUGAAAAAUAUUUAGAGUGUUUUAGAAUUUUCUGUAUCUCUGUUUUCUUCUCUUCCCCCCCCCCCCCCCCCCCAAAAUCAAGAGCUGAAGAGCUCUACUUAUAGCUAAAUCGUAUGCCACGUGUUGUUUCACCAUUAGUCUUUGAUAAGACUUGAAAUGUCGUGUUUCUUUCUGAUAGGUCGAAUUUUGAGGCUGCCCCAAUAGCCUCCACCUAGCUUGGUCAGUUUUGACUGAUCAGGCCUGUUCAAGAUAGGCUUGGCGCACAAUUUUAGGUUCUCUAGGCUUGGGUUGGGAUGGACUUCAAUUUGGGCCGAACUCUAGGCUUGAUCUGUCUUUGAACUGUGGGCAGAUCUGAGAUGACUUUCUUUUCUUUUGCAGGUUGCUGGUUUGGACCUCCAAGUCUACCGCCCUUUUUUUUUUUUUUUUGGUUUUGUAUUUGUGAACAUGAUUGACUGUUAGGAAUGUAGGAACAUUGUAAUAAGGUAGAUGAUUGUAUAAACCUUUUAAAUUCUUUAAUAAUAUGAUUUCUACUUUCCCUGUGCAUUCAAAGCUUGACACUCAAUUCGAAUGCAUAAUCAAGUAUAAAACUUGAAUCCAAUAUCCCAUUCCUGUGUAAUACGAACAACCCCGAUUGGUGAGAGACUGCUUUAUAAGUGUAUUGCUCACAAAAGAGAUUGCUUCAUAAGUGUAUUAAUCACAAAAAUUUUCUAAUCAUCAUUCAAGGUCAAACUCAUUAUUAUUUUCCAACUUAAGUGAACCAAAUAUCCCGAUUUAAAGUAUAUGAAGAAUCCAGACAAAAUGUGGUGUCUACAGUUGCCCCCCUCUGUAUAUCUCUUUUGUAAAAAGAGUUAUACAAAGUUCCUAUCAAGACAUCCACAUUUUGUAUAUGAAUAUUUCAGAAAUGUAUGUUGAACUGACCAUUUGGUAACAAUGACUGAUUCAAAUUGCUACGAUGGUGGUAACUGAAUUGCAAAGAAAAUGGUAGAGAUAAGAUCAAACUGACCAUUUGGCAACAACGAUAUACUCAGGUUGUUCCUGACAGAAACAAAUCGGUCAAUUUGGAGAACCUUAGCAAUGAAAUCAAACUAGUCAUUUUGUAACAACGAUAUACUCAAGUUGCCUGUGGUAGAAACCAAGUUGGCCAAUGAGAACGAUGAUAGCGAUAAAAUCAAGCUAAUCAUUUUGGUAACCAUGAUAUGCUCAAGUUGUCUAAGAUUGAAAUCAAAUUGAUGAUUGUAAUAAGAUCAAGUUUAUCAUUUUGUAAAGGAUAUUGUACUCAAAUUGUUUGUGAUAGAAAUCAAUUCAAACAAUGAGGAAGAUGUUAGUGAUAUUGAUCAAACUAACAAUUGUGCACGUACGAUUUACUCAAAUUUUCUACGAUAGAAAUCAAAUAGAACAAUGAGGAAAGUGUCAGCAAUAAAGAUCAAGCUAACAAUUUUUUUAAGGGGCGUUGUACUCAAAUUGCUUGUGAGAGGAAUCGAAUCAAGCAAUGAGAAGAUGUUAGUGAUAAAGAUCAAACUAACAAUUUUGUAAAGGAUAUUGUACUCAAAUUUUCUAUGAUAGAAAUCAAAUAGAACAAUGAGGAAAUGUUAGUGAUAAGAUCAAACUAACAAUUUUGUAAAAGAUAUUGUACUCAAAUUGUCUAUGAUAGAAAUCAAAUAGAACAAUGAGAAAAUGUUAGUGAUAAAGAUCAAACUAACAGUUUUGUAGAGGAUAUUGUACUCAAAUUGUCUAUGAUAGAAAUCAAAUAGAACAAUGAGAAAAUGUUAGUGAUAAAGGUCAAACUAACAAUUUUGUAAAGGAUAUUGUACUCAAAUUGUCUAUGAUAGAAAUCAAAUAGAACAAUGAGAAAAUGUUAGUGAUAAAGAUUAAACUAACAAUUUUGUAAAGGAUAUUGUACUCAAAUUGUCUAUGAUAGAAAUCAAAUAGAACAAUGAGGAAAGUGUCAGCGAUAAAGAUCAAGCUAACAAUUUUGUAAAAGUCGUUGUACUCAAAUCACUCGAGAUAGGAAUCAACUCGAGUAAUGAGAAAAUGUUAGCGAUAAAGAUCAAGCUAACGUGUGGUAAAUGCGUAGUGAUAUUUCGCAUGAAAAGUUUUCAUGUACAUUUAGAAAGACAUUUUAGGAAUUUUAAGGAAAUGAUUGUGAUGCAUAGCAAGUCACUUUGAUGUAUGAUGAUGUUAUGUAAUGAAUCUCAUAAUGAAUUUGAGAAUGAUAGUAUGAUGUGUCAUGCCAAUGUAGUCAUGAACGUUGAGUAAAAAGGGGAUAUGAUGCAUUUGACAAUGCUAUGAAAGCUAUGUUGCUUUAUUUUUUUGUUUGUUGUCUUGUUUUUGCUCGGGGUUGCUUUAAAUUGCUCAUCUACUAGGAAUUGCAAUUUCCUUUUUGUUCAACUUGAUCCUCAAGUUUUGCUUAUUGUCUUGAAUAUAUCUUCUUAGUAGUAGUUGUGUGAUGAUAUGCUUUGUAAGGUGAAGCGAUGAUGUAUGAUGCUUCAUCCUUCUUCUCGGCCAGGUAUGGGCCAGCAUGUUUCAGAGUCGUAUACUUCUCGGUCAGUGCGGUAUAAUAGGACUUCUUUCUCGCUAUGGCUUUGAAGCAUAAUCGAUUGGUUGGUUAGCUUGAUGAGAUCUGAAUGUUUUCAGACUCCCUGAGAUUUUUUUUCAUCAACUCAUGCGUGAAAAAGUUGAUUAAUACGAUUCUUGGGCACUCAGACUUCCCCUUCUUCCAUGGUGGACCAUUUUUGCCCCUGAGGAUCUGUUACUCACUUUCUAUUCUCCGGAACAAAGAGUGAAUAUAUCAAUCUUGACUUAAGAAGAAAGCAAAAAUGUUUGAAAACGUUUAUUAGAGAAUUAAGAUUGAAAGCCAUAUCAAGAUCUUGCUUUUGCUCGGGGUUGCUUUAAAUUGCUCAUCUACUAGGAAUUGCAAUUUCCUUUUUGUUCAACUUGAUCCUCAAGUUUUGCUUAGGUCGAAGCGACUUUGAGCUUAUUGUCUUGAAUAUAUCUUCUUAGUAGUAGUUGUGUGAUGAUAUGCUUUGUAAGGUGAAGCGAUGAUGUAUGUUGCUUCAUCCUUCUUCUCGGCCAGGUAUGGGCCAACAUGUUUUAGAGUCGUAUACUUCUCGGUCAGUGCGGUAUAAUAGGACUUCUUUCUCGCUAUGCAUUUGAAGCAUAAUCGAUUGGUUGGUUAGCUUGAUGAGAUCUGAAUGUUUUCAGACUCCCUGAGAUUUUUUUUCAUCAACUCAUGCGUGAAAAAGUUGAUUAAUACGAUUCUUGGGCACUCAGACUUGCCCUUCUUCCAUGGUGGACGAUUUUUGCCCCCGAGGAUCUGUUACUCACUUUCUAUUCUCCGGAACAAAGAGUGAAUAUAUCAAUCUUGACUUAAGAAGAAAGAAAAAAUGUUUGAAAACGUUUAUUAGAGAAUUAAGAUUGAAAGCCAUAUCAAGAUCUUGCUUUUGAAAAGUGUGUGCAAACGGGAGAAAACCAUUUUUGUGUGGUAGUUGUCAUGUUGCCAAAUUUGAUUUUCUUUUUAAUAAGAGAAGUGUAAGCCAAGCCAUGAGAAUAUCAGUAAGCCCUCCCUCUCACUCUUGCUUUUGAUUUUGCUCGCUUUCACUCCCGCUUUGUAUUUCUCUCAUCACUCAAUCCUAUAAGUGAUUUGAGUGUACCACACUUCAACUACCACUAAGAUUCUGGUCACCUUGAGACGUCCUUUAUCUGGUGGCCAACUGUGUCCCUUGUGAAGAGUUACUCAAAUAUGGAAGCCCUCUGUAUGAUUGAUUUAGGAGACCUCCAUAUGGCUUCGUCGCAGACGUUUUUAGUCUCCCAUGAAAGAGGCUUUUGUCCGAUAUGACUUUGAGGAUGUGAGUCUCCUUGUUCUUGAAGUGCAGUUUAUUCAGAUGGGUAACGAAUAUAUGAAAUCUUGACAUUAUCAGUAUAAAGCCUCUCGAAGAGGGAUUUUUGCUUUGCCCCCAACGUAUGAGAUUGACUUGAUGGAUUAAGAACCACUAUUAUCUGGAUCUUUUUGCUGACAAAGUCUUGACCCUUACUUGGUGCAGGUAUUUGGUACUUCAAAUGCUAGACCGGGGCACCUGGAUUUUAAGUCCCACGACAUUUUGUUUGUUUUUCUUUUGUCUCUCUUUUUUUUUUUUUUUUGUGUGUGUGGGACUUACUUGACUCUGUCAUGCCCCAUAUACGUUUCACAUUUUCCCUGAUCUAGCACUUGUAUUUGGUAGGACGAUUAUCGAAAGGUAGAGAGUCUUCUUGAUGAUUGAUGAUGUGAGUGCCAUUUCUCAAUAACUAGAUUAAAUUGGUUAUUCUUUUUGGUAAAAGUGGGGAUGCUGACGCCACUUGCUUGCCGGUAUUGCGCAAAUAUCUCACAAUUGGACUUUGACGUGCUCCGUCAGUAAGGAUGGAAGCUCCUGAACAGAGGACAUGACUGCUUCCUGCGUGUGAUUCCUAUGUAUGAUAAAUUAUAUCCUUGAUCUUCCUUGAUAUUCUAGUCAUGAGAAUCUAUGAAAGUUUUCUUGGUAUGAUCUAAAUGUUUGGCCCCCUGUGCAUCGGGAUUUGGCUAUUUGACUUCACGUCAACUGAGUCUCAAUUUGUUGGCGAAAGUCGACUAUAGUGGUGUCGAGAUUCUACAAGUAGCAUGAUGUCGUAUACUCAUUACACCUUUUGACUAUUAACUCACAUAAUUUAUGGACACUAGUAGGGUGUUUAUCUCUCAAUUUUAGCGAAACACGUACACUCUCAACACCAGUGGGUGCUAAAUUCGUCGAUGGUAGCACGGUGUUUAUAAUCGCUCGACACCAGUGGGGUGUUCACAUUUUCAUAGCAUGACAAUCUCAUGGCUUAAAUUGAAAAUAAAUUGAAUUUGUAUGGCUUUCAUUUUUGUAGAAAAUAAAAUCCAUUUUAAAGAACUCGGAAGUGGCAUUCGGUAUUUUGGUAAAACAUUGAUGCAAACUCUUAAAUUAAGAUCGAUACUAUUCACACAAUGCUCCAAAGAGGUUGAAACGUGAGAGACCUUUUAUUCAUGAUGAUAAAAGAAAAAGUGAUACAUAUUUUGCUAUGGAAAAUUAUCUCGAUAUUUUAUUUACUAUAUAGGAUCAACAUCAUCCUUAAACCGAGCUUUGCCUUGUAGUUUGCCUACUAAUUCUCAUGAGUUGGCAAUGGGUUAUUGUUGACAUCCGGGCGCUUUGGCUCUUCUUCGAACUUUAACCAGCCAGUAUUUAUCAUUUGUUGGACCUUGAUUUUGAGAGAUCUACAAUCCUCAGUUGAGUGUCCCGCUAUUCCCGAGUGGUAAGCACAAUGCUGGUCUGUUUUGUAACGAUUUGGAUAAGGAGGUUUCAUAGGUUCACAUGGUAUUGGGGAGAUUAGGUUACUUUGAAUUAGCUGAGGGAAAAGUUCAUAUGUGAUAGGGAUAGGAUCGAUUUGGAUAGGUUUCCUAUAUCUCUCAUAAUUAUUCUGGUUUUGGUUAUUUGGUGGUGGUGCGACUCGUGUCGGGCUCUGGAUAGCUCGUUGAGUAGGAAAAUUUGGACGUUGAUUAAUUAUUGCAGCAUUUGCAACACAUGGAUGGGCUUGAUUGGCCUGAGGUUGAUGAUCCCACCUUCUUCCUCUAAAUGAUUCUGUUUGCAUAAUGGACAUAUGCUUCUCCUCUUCGGGCUUGGUGUGGUUUCUUAGAGGCUUCUGGGGUUUCCAUCCGACCUUGCUUCAACCCCUUUUCUAUUCGCUCUCCGAUUACAAGCAGAUCCACAAAGUUGGUUGUGGUAAUUCCGACCAUGUUGUUGUAGUAUGGAGCUCUUAGUGUUCCGAAGAAGAUUGACACCAUCUCUUUUUCUGGCAGAGGAGGUUGAACGUCUGCAGCCUUCUCUCUCCACAUUUGAGCAUAUUCUCUAAAAGAAUCUUUCUCGUUCUUUUCCAUAUUCCUCAGAUCUUCUAGGUAUGGAGCCAGAUCCUGAUUAUGCUUGUAGUGCCUCAUGAAUGCAUCGGCAAGGUCUUGCCAUCUUCUCACUUUUGUUUUCUCUAGUUGCAUAUACCAUCGUAGGGCAGAACUACUCAGGCUGUUUUGGAAGCAAUGUACCAUUAGCCUUUCAUCUCGGAUAUGGUUGGCCAUUUUGUUGCAGUACAUGACCAGAUGAGUUUUUGGGUAAGUGGUGCCAUUGUAUCUUUCAAGUUCUGGCAUUUGAAAUUUGUGAGGAAUUACGACAUCUAGGACUAAACAUAGUUUCGAUGCAUCCAUAGGCUCGUACGACUCAACUCCUUCUAUGCUUCUUAUUUGUUCAUUCAUGUGUUCUAAUUUUUCUUCUAGCAUAGCUUCGAUUUUAUGUUCCUCUUGCUUCUCGGGUUCUCCGGAUUUGUCAUGCUUUGAUGACCCAAUGUCACCUUUGUCGCCUGUGUUCUUCGAAGAUAUGAGGAUGAAUUUACUACCUGAGACGUUUCCCUGAGGUUGCUCAUAGUGAUCGUCAUCGUCAAAUACGAUUUCUUCCUCGUUCCCUGCAACCUCCUUCCCUUUUCUGGACAAUAUGCUCAAUAUUGUGUUGAGGUGGCUUUUCAUCUCAUCGAAGCCCGUUAAUUUCUCAUCAAACCCCACUAGCUUCUCGUCAAACCCUGUCAGCUUUCCUUUGAUGUCGUUCAACUCUUUUUGAAAUGCCUCCAUGACGAACUCGAGCUUGGAUCUAGUUAAGUACUUGAAGUCUUGACUCUUUCCUUGUGGACGAGCAAUUUUAAGGAACCCUAACCAAUUACUUUUAUUAAAUUCACUUAAAUGAGUAAUGAAGAGUAUGAAUGAUGCUUAUGCGAUGCACAGAUGCACAGAUGAUUCAUUGGAUGCACGUGCAUUUUGAAAAUGUUUUCAUGAUUUAUUUUAAAUGCAUAAGCGAAAACACAAAUAGAAAAAUAUUUAUGAGCUUUUUUUUUGUUUUUUUUUUUAAAUACAUUGUUCACAUAGACAAAUUAUUUUGCGACUGGAAGAAUAUAACACAAGUAAUUACGUCUUAGAAAACAUACAUGCAGAUAAUAAAAACAUAACCCUAUUUGGGAAAACCUAGGGCUUUCGAAGGGUAUAGUGACAUGGUGCUAGGGUGGUUUCGGGAUAUAUUUUGGAUGGCUGAAGGUGGUACCUAUAUGCUGGGUAGAAAAUCCUAGGAAUUGGCUCCCAAGUUGUACCCUGCUAUAGCCCUCUCGAGCUUGCCGGAUACCUCAAAUCAACCUCGAAUUUGAGUUUAACUUGGUUGGAAAGUUUUGCGUGCUUUCCACUACUGUGAAAGUCACGGUACUCCUUUUCCGUUUCUAAUAGGAUAGCUCGGGUAUAGAGCUUUUAUGCAUGAAUGCAGAAUUAAAUUGCGAAAAUAUAAAUGCGCAAAUAAGAAAGUAAACACCCAACACGUAAUAGGAAAAAAGCAAACUUAUCGAACUUAAUUAUGUAGCUCGACUCUCGAAGUUCCCCAGCGGAGUCGCCAACUGUCGCACCCGUCCCUCCGGGGGUCUGUGGUCGCCGCGUCGGCAUUUUUUGGGAGUCGCCAUCGAUCUUACUUGGAGUGGAUCGAACACUCAUUGGUCAGCUUUAAAUUUAGGGUCAGAACCGAGAUAUGGUCUGCGGUUAAGAGAUUCGGGUUCGGGAGUACGGUUACGUGUGGGGGAAGUGAAAUCACACCCCACAACGCCCUAAAUCGGUACUACUUAAGUCGAUAAGUUUUUAUACGAGUUGGGUGUAUUUUAGUAAUAUUUUUGUAAUUUUAGGGUCCCACUGGACCAUUUAAUGAUUUUAUCGUAUUAGUUUAUUAUUAGGUAUUUUAGGUAUUUUUAUGGCCUUACUGGACCACUAAAGAAUUUAAAUUGUAUUAGUUGUAAAUUAAUUAUACGCCUACUGACGUAAAAAUUAAAAGAUAAAGUUAAUUGGUUAGUUGGACUCGAACCUUAUCGGUUGCCUACGUACCCGUUAGACGGGAUCAAAGUCCACGUAGUUCGUUUGGGCUUUGAUAAUUUUAAAUAAAAUUAUUACCACGUUCCACUGACUGUGGUUCUCGUAUCAAAAUUUAUUGUUAAUAAAAUUUAAGUUGAUAUUAUGAAAUUAUAAAAAGAUAAUAUAAUAAUUUCUGUUAUUAAGAGGAGAUUUGAUGUUUUAGAAAAGAAACGAGAUAAACUUAAUCCGCAAUUCUACAUUUCGUAUUAAGGAUUUUAAAACAAAUAAAAGUAAAUGGGAUGUUUACAUUUGUGCAUGACGGACUAGUAGCCCAAUUGGCCAAAAUGCAAGUUGUAUUGCGCGUUUAGACAUACGGACGUAGGUUCAAACCCCGCUCUUAACCUUUUUUUUUUUUUUUGGGAUUUCUCGUUUUAAUGCAGAGAAGGGGGAGGGUAUUUUUGUAAUAACCCAAAAACACGGUGGCAGAGUUAUGUAAUUUGAGGAAACCCUAAGGGUAAUUCAGUCAUUUUAAUCGAUGGGUAUAAAUAAUCUCUAAUUAAAACCUAAUCAAUCUAAAGAGAGGCGGCCACCAUCUCUCUCUCGUCCCUCUCAUUCUCGCCUCUCUCUCUUCCUCUCGAUCCUUCCACUUCUAUCUUCCCCUCCUCCAAACCAAAUCCCAAGCCUUCAAUCGUUGUCUUCUCCCCUCUUACCUCUCUACCGCCGCCGCUCUUUUUCUUCUCCUCGUCUCCAACCAACAAGAGACUUUUCUCUUCGCUAUGUUGGCCAAGGAGAACGCCCGCGCUCCCAAAACGGAGUCAUCUCGUCCUUCCCUCUUCCUUUUCUUCGAUCGUUGGUCACGAAGGCGAUUCAAACUCCCCGAUUGACCAAAAAUGGGCGGACCAUGUAAGAUCUCGGCUUGCAUGUCUAUUUUAAGGCUUUUCAUUUGUGUUACUUAGGAUCCUAAUCUGGGUUUUGAUUUGGUUUUAUGCGAGGGAAGAAUAAAAAACUCGUCGUUGAAUCCGGUCCCCGCCGGCGGCAGUGGAGACAGAAUACUCAACCAGACUAGGUAGAUUUUUUAUCUAGGUUGGAUCUCGGAUUGCAUGUGGUUUUUUUUUAAUUCGGUUCAAAAAAUUGAGUUUUGAUAUUGUUAUUUUUUGUGUUUUGAUUUGGUUUUUUUUUUUAAUUUUUGGCUUCGAAUCUAUCGCGCGGCGACGAGGCUAUUUUUCGUCGGCAGUGACUGAAAGCUAACAGCAGAGGCGCAUAGGCGAGUUGGGUAAGUUCGUUUUCUGAGUUUUUUUCGUGUUUUUAAACUUUGAAGGACUCUGACUAAUCGAUCUUGCCUUAUUGCAGGUUUCAGGAGCGAAGAGGUCUAGGUGAGGUUUACUAAAGACUCUUGAGAAAUUUUUAACUAAAGAAAAAUUGGAUUACAUGGCUAAAGACUUAAUGAUUUGCGAACCUAAAUGCUAAAAAAAAUGGUUGCGUAUGUGUUCUGGAAUUUUGGUGUUUGGUGGAUUUGGUCUAUGGUUUGGAUCUAAUUCCAGAUAUGCUAGAAGUUGCUAAAAAAACUUGUUUUUCUGUAGUUUAAGUUUAAUUAACAUGCUGUGAAUUGGUAUUUUGGCGAUUGGAAUCAUUGCACUAAAUCACUGCUACUGCUUGUGAUUUAUUGAGAUUAUGAUUUUUGAUUGGUAAACCGAUAAGGGUUUGUGAAUCUGAAAUUUUAUUGUGUUUAUUGUUGCCUAGAUCUGGAUUUUGAUUUAGUUUGUUUAUGUAUGAUGAUCUAGUGUUUAUCAACUACAUGCUCAAGGAUGGUAUAAAAGCAUGGCAGAAAAUUAAAAUAGACUAUCAAUUGAUAAGCAAAGUAAAUACAUGCUCAAUUGAGAGAAGCUCAAUUCCGAAAUGGACUUGCUAUGAGCCAAUUUUAUUUUAAGUAAAUAGAGUGCUUGAAUACAAAUGCCUUUGUAAAGUAAAUCGCAUGAAUAUAAAUAGGCAAACUGAUGCUGAUUAUAAUGGUACAAUGAUCUAGAAACUACGCUAAAUGACAUGAACUUUACCAAGAACAAUGGAAACAGAAAUGAAAGCACCAAACUUAUUAAGAUUUUGGCUCCAAUAACGAUAGGCUUGGCACACAAUUUUAGGUUGUCUGGGUUUGGGCUGGGAUGGACUUCAAUUUGGGUCGAACUCUAGGCUUGAUAUGUCUUUGAACUGUGGGCUGAUCUGAGAUGACUUUCUUUUCUUUUGCAGGUUGCUGGUUUGGACCUCCAAGUCUACCGCCCUUUUGUUUUUUGUUUUUUUUUUUUUUUUUGUAUUUGUGAACAUGAUUGACUGUUAGGAAUGUAGGAACGUUGUAAUAAGUUAGAUGAUUGUAUAAACCUUUUAAAUUCUU